AUGGUAAAGGAGUGCAGAGGUGAGUUUCUGUGGAAGAGGUCUACUGAACUGUCUGAGCUCCUGAUGUUUUUGGAGAAAACUCUGAGAGAGAAUGAAGGACAACAUGUGAGCUGUGACAAAUUCCAGGAGCCUACAUCAUCUUAUCCCAAAGCUGCUGGUUCUGCCUUCAGAAUAGUUCUGUUUGGAAAGAGUGAAGAGAACAAGACAAAACUUGGGAACUUCAUCAUUGGUGGCAGUGGGGAUCAUUUCCAGAGAAACUCUGCUUCCAAUAAGUGUGCAGUCAUUAAUGGGGAGUGGAAAGGAUAUUCACUCACUGUAGUUAAAACCCCAAACUUCUUUAGUAUGUCUAAGAAAACAAUCAAAGCAGAAAUGAGGAAAUGUGUGAGCAUCUGUGAGCCUGGACCAAAUGUUCUUCUGCUAUUAGUGAAACCUUCAUCAUUCACACAAAGCAAGAGGCAAACCCUCAUAUCCAUCCUCAGUUUGUUGGGACCAGAACCUCUGAGGCACUCGUUGGUCGUUAAGACCCAUGACCUGAUUGAAUCUCAGGCAGUCAAACAGCUCAUUAGAGACUGUAAUGACCGACUGUACAACAUGUAUGAAAAUGACCAGAAAAUGAUCAUGAAGAAGGUUAAAGCAACAGUGCAUAAAAACAAGGGAGCCUACCUCACCAUCACUGAAGACAACAUGGAACCAGAAGCUGUAUCUAAAAAGCCCGUAUUAAACCUGGUUCUGUUAGGGAGUAGAGUAGCAGAGAAAGCUUCAGUAGCCAAGGCCAUUCUAGGUCAGAGAGAGCUUCAUUUGGCCUCUAACCCAUCAGACAUCAUCAUGAAUCAGGAUGAUGUGUUUGGGUGUUGGGUUUCUGUUCUGGAGAUGCCUUCCCUGUAUGGAAAAUCUCGUGAGGAGGUGAUGCAGGAAUCCUUUAAGUGCAUCUCUCUCUUUGAUCCUGAGGGUGUCCACGCCUUCAUCCUGGUCCUACCUGUGGGUCCCCUCACUGAUGAAGACAAGGGUGAGGUACAGACCAUCCAGGACACAUUCAGCUCUAGAGUCAAUGAUUUCACCAUGAUCCUGUUCACUGUUGAGUCAGAUCCUACAGCUCCAGCCAUCAUUGACUUCAUCAGAGAAAGUAAAAGUGCCCCAGAACUCUGUCAGAGCUGUGGAGGAAGAUAUUUUGUUCUGAACAUCAAGGACCGGCAGCAGAUCCCAGAACUAUUGAGUGUCAUAGAAAAAAACAGAGCAUAUAUAGACGAACAAAGCUCCUACACAACCAAAACACAUGCCAAUGCACAAGCAGAAAAAGUAUCAGAAAAAGAGGAAAACAUUGAGCAACUGAAGAAAGCACUUCAAGACCUCAAGUACAAGAACGUCGCUCCUAGUGUUCAUGAGCAGCCAAUCCCUGACAGUCUCAGGAUUGUCCUGAUAGGGAAGACUGGCUGUGGGAAAAGCUCCUCAGGAAACACCAUUCUGGGAAGAGAGGAAUUCAAAGCAGAUGCUCUUCAAAAGUCCGUCACCAAGCGCUGCCAGAAAGCUCAGAGUGAAGUGGCUGGUCGCACAAUCACUGUGGUCGAUACUCCUGGACUGUUUGACACCAGCCUGUCUAACGAGGAAGUCAAUGAGGAGAUGACCAAGUGCAUCAGUCUUCUGGCUCCAGGACCACAUGUUUUCCUUCUGGUGUUAUCGAUCGGCAGGUUUACUGCAGAGGAGAAGGACACAUUAAGAUUGGUUACAAGGGUCUUUGGAAAGACUUCUGAGAAAUUCACCAUCAUCCUCUUUACUAAAGGAGACUCAUUAGAUCAUCAUUCAAUAUCAGUAGAAGAGUACAUUGAGAAAGGGGAGGAUUUCAUUAAGAAUCUAAUUGAGGAUUGUGGAGGAAGAUACCAUGUGCUUAAUAACUAUGACAAAGAAAACAAACAGCAGGUUUCCGAACUGAUAGAAAAGAUUGAGAAGAUGGUGAAGAUAAAUGGCGGUGGUUGUUUCACUAAUGAGAUGCUGAGGGAAGCAGAGGAAGCAAUCCAGAAAGAGGUGGAGAAAAUUCUGAAAGAUAAGGAGGGGGAGAUGCAAAGAGAGCUGCAAAAACUCAAGGAGGAACGGGACAAAGAAGUAAACAACAUGCAAGAAAGAAUGCAGGAAAUACAACCAGAAUUAGCAAUAGAGAAAGAUGAUAAAUUAAAACAACUGGAACAGAUGAAGUUUAAAAUCAACAGUGAGAGCGAAAAGAUUAGGAGAGAAAAGGAAAUAAGAGAAGAAGAAGAUAGGAAGAAGAUGCAAAAGGAGGAGAUGGAGCGGCUGGAGUGUGAAGAGAAGCUGAAGGAGUUAGAUGAAAAAAAAAAUUCUACAACAGAUCUGGAGGAGAGGAGUUUACUGGAACAACUCAAAGAAAGUACAAGAAAAGAACAAGAGAACAGAGAGAAAGAACAAAAGGUAUACUGGGAAAGACGUAGGAAAAAACUGAAACGGAAAACUGCUGAAUUCAAAAUCAGACAGCUGCAAAUGGAAUAUGAUCAGACCAAGAAAAUGUUUGAACAAAAAUUUAAAAGAAAAGAAAACGAAAUGAGAGAGGUAGAGGAAAAAUAUGAAAAGAAAGCUGAGAAAAUCAAAAAGAAAUUUGAAGAGGAUGCAAGAGCGAAAGCUGAAGGCUACAAUGAGUUCAGAGAGAAAUACAGCACAAACUUUGCAGGUCUGUUGGAAGAACACAGAGAGGAAAUAUGUAGCCUGGAGCUGAAACAUGAGAGGGAGAUCCAGGAGACAGAAAAGAAGCUUGAAAAGGAAGUAAAAGGUCUCAGCUUAUUAGUGAUCUAG